AUGGCAGAAGUUUUGGAUGCGCUUCUACCUGUGGUGUGCAGUUACUGCGAUGUGACAGGUGUCCUCUCGAUGGCCGCAGUGGCUCGACACUGGUGUCAAGCGGCACGUAGUGAUCAGGUGUGGAUCCAAUGCUCUCGCAGCCGUUGGCACUUCGGCGCCUUAUUCCAGGUGGCAGACGCCGCUCCCGGCGCGCGGGAUGAGGCGUCAUUAAGGCUGUGGCAGCGCUCUGUCGAGGAGUAUCGCGCAGGGGUUGCUCAUGCCAAUGCUUUUGGCUUUUUCCUCAGUCGCUCCAAGCAGGACAAAGAAGUCUGCCAGCUUCUUCACAAGGCCGUUGCCCAGGAGGAGCAGGAGCAAAUCCUUGGCCAGAUGCACCGACUGGGUGCCAAUGUUUUGGACAUCCUUCUAAAGCUGGAGCAGGAGGAGGAUAUGCGGUUGAAAAGCCUGGCCAACUCAGCCCGGGUUCAAAUCACCAACCGAUGGGCAGAACAACGCUGGGCCCAGCUGCUGACCAGCGAAGCUGCCACCACUCUGGAGGAAGGAGCCUUCAUCCUCUCGCAGUGGGGCUAUCCCAAUGCGGAUGUGAGUGCUAUGAGAUCGUCUCUGGAGCGCUUGGCCCUUCGUGCCGCUGAGCUGGGCGCCCGGCGCCAAAGCACUGCACUGCCGUCUCAGGCGGAAGUCAGGUCGAUGGUUCUUGCCAUCAACCAAGCUUUGUACCAAGAGUUUGGGCUGGAGGGAAACCAGAUGGACUACUACAAUCCUGAGAAUUCCAUGCUUCAUGCAGUCCUUGAGAAGAAGAAAGGUAUUCCAAUCUCGCUCUCUGUAGUUUGGGCCGCCGUGGCACGGCGAUGUGGGCUGAUGUGCCACUCUUUGGCCAAUGUCCCACGGCACGUGCUCAUCCGAAUCCCUGCUGGUGGAGAAGGCCCUGCCGAGAACAACGAUCUUUAUUUGGAUGCCUUUGAUAAUGGCAAGCUGAUGUCCUGGGGAGAGUUUUGCUCCUUUCUGACGGAUAUGCUUGCAAUGAUGGGUGCCCGAAUGCGGGAUAUUGAGCCACACCUAUCAGAGUUUGUCGCAACGACCACGCCAGUGCUCCUGUAUCUUCGCAUGAUGAGAAAUCUGGAGAACAUUUAUGGGCAGACGGGUGACCAGCUCCGCUUGGAAGGCAUACAGCAGCAGAUGCAAACGCUCAUCCGACUUGUGGAACACCCCGCUCCAGCAUCAGGGUAUCGACAGCAAACAUGA